AUGGGCUCCGCGGAUAAGGGGAAGGUGUUGAUUAUGAACCCAGAGGAGUACGCAGCUGCCGCCGGCGAGCUGCUGGUGAUUUCGAUCAUCAUCAGCUGGAUCCUGACGUAUUUCUUUAAUUAUGGCAUCAUUGCCGACAACCAGCUGAAGAGGCGCCUCGGCUACAACAACCUGUGCGUUGGUUGGGACGAGCCGCCAGCCCAACUGGUUGCGGCGCCCAUUUUCGUGGGAAUUAUUUGGCUGCAGAUGCGAUAUAUGCAGCUGGACUUUUAUCGUGCAGCUUUGGACACCUCCUCCUCUGCCUUCCAGGACCGCAUGGUACUGGUGGCGAAUUUUGCAAACUGCAUCAGCUUGAUCGUGUGCAUCCUGAUAUUUGUCAUCCCGCCCAAAGAGAAGCCCUUGUCGCAUUCCCUGGCCUUUGUGCAGCUGGUGGUGUUUGGCUACAUCGCUUUCGCGGCAAACUUCCUGGAGUGUCAUCCGAAGCACCAUCCUCAAGGCUCGUGGGUCUUCCUGGCGGUCUUCGGCAUGUUCUCAAUCAUGUUUGGAGCGUGCGUCGUCUUCCAACUGGUGGUAUACGAGCAGGAGACCGAGACACCUGGGCCCAUCCCGUGGUAUAUCACUGCCACUGGGGAUUAUGGCUGGUUUGCCUGCCUUGCCUGCCAGGGCUACUUCCGCCCCAGAGCGCCGUCGGUCAGCUUGGACAUGAAGCUGGUGAGUGAUGACGACUACAAGGUGGAGCCUGAAAUCUCCCGCUAUGACACGUGA